AGCUCAUGGAUGAGCUGUUAGCCGGUGAUCCUGCUGUUCGGCCAGGAACAAUUGUUUCAUCACUGGAAGGGAAUAGCAGUACCAUAGCAACAGCUUCAGCAGGAAAAGCAAAAUCCCCUGAAAUAAUCAGAAAAGAAAAGAAAAAAAGGAAGAGAGAGGAGAUGCCGGAAUGGUUUCGGGACUUCUCUGAAAAACAGAACAACAUCUUGACAGAAAUAAAGGACACCCAGAAGAAAGCGGUAGAAGUAGCUGCGGAAAGGAACGCCAUUCUGAAGUCUUUGACUUCAGCAAUGCUGAAUAAAUAAUUAAUUUAUAUGUAUACUGUAUAAUGUUAGGGGGCGCGUGGAGUGCCCCUACUCCUAAUCACCGGUACAAGCAGGUGUGUAAAACUAUUUACUGGUAAUUGGUGUCUGUGCCUCUGAAAAUGUAUCUCUAGCGCUGAUAAAGAAAUAUUUCGUAUA